AUGGCGGCGGCGGCGGGGGGCCGGGGCAGCUGCAGCGAGGACGGCGAUGUCCCCGCCGCCACCCGCCUGCAGGCCUACGCCUGGUGCCGCGAGUUCCUGUCCGGCUCCUGGAAGCUCAUCAGCCCGGAGGAGUUCGGCAUUUGGCCGAUCAGCGGGGGGCUCAGUAAUCUCCUGUACAAGUGCGCGCUGCCCGAGCACAUCUCGAGCGUGGGGGACGAGCCCCGGCAGGUGCUGCUGCGCGUCUAUGGGGCCAUCCUGCAGGGCAUGGACUCGCUGGUUCUGGAGAGUGUCAUGUUCGCCAUCCUGGCCGAGCGCGCGCUGGGGCCGCGCCUCUUCGGGGUGUUCCCGCAGGGCCGGCUGGAGCAGUACAUCCCGAGCCGCCGGCUGCGCACGGAGGAGCUGCGGGAGCCCCGAGUGUCGGCGGAGAUCGCCGAGAAGAUGGCGAGGUUCCACGGCAUGGCCAUGCCCUUCAACAAGGAGCCCAAGUGGCUUUUUGGGACCAUGGAGUGGUACCUGGAGCAGAUCUCCGAGCUGACAUUCCCGGAUCAGGCACAGCUGGAGCAGCUGGAGCAGCUCCGGGGUUACAACCUGGAGCAGGAGAUGAGGAGCCUCAGGGACCUGCUGGAGUCCACCCCAUCCCCGGUGGUUUUCUGCCACAACGACGUGCAGGAGGGGAACAUCCUGCUCCUGGCGGGGCGUGAGGGCUCCUCGGACCAGCUCAUGCUCAUCGACUUCGAGUACAGCAGCUACAACUACAGGGGCUUUGACCUGGGCAAUCAUUUCUGUGAGUGGGUUUACAGCUACAGCCACGACUCCUGGCCCUUCUUCCAGGCACGCCCCGAGCACGACUACGCCCAGAGCCGUUUCCAGGCCUACUUCCAGCACAAGGCCCGCUGCUCCUGA